GAUCAGAUGCAUAAUCAGACUGCAAAAGUCAGUCUGUCAAUAACAUCUUACGAAAAACCACCGAAAGGAAAGAAGGUUGAGUGCACAGAAUAUUUGUAAAAAAACAAGGAUGGGCUUUCUCGAAAGCAUUCAUGGUUCUUUUUUAAAUCGUAUUUAAAACUGUUGCUCCAUGUGGAAUUCAGGAAUUAUGGAUGUUUCGCAUUUCUAGUGAAACGAUGAGGUAUUUGACUGUCAGGGCAAAACAACCUGUUGUUCAAUUUUAUUAAGUUAGUUCGGUGCUCUUUCGAUGAUAUCUAAUAUUUGCUGUAGAAUUCAAGUGGUACAGAGGAAGCCGGACCAUCAUUGUCGGAACUGGCAUUAUCACAUCAGACCCAGCAGCCAUCAUGAAGAAUGGAACUGUUGAUCGUAAAUGUACCAGUUUUUCUUGAACUACUGAUCUCAUUGGCUAGUAUCGUGUCUGUUGUGAUCUUUGUCUUGCUUUGCGGAUUGUGUGACUGCUUUAGUGGAAAGAAACAAGCAGAGAAGCAGUUUCUAUUUGACGACGAGGAAAGAGGCCCUGAGAGGAAAUCAGCAUCAGUAAGACCCAUGAAACGAACACCAAUGCUUACGAGAAAAACAAUCAAGGAUUCAGAGUCCGCAGAUGGGGUAGGCAGUCAGGCAGAGAGUAAUAAUGGGGCCGGCAAGAAACGUAUCCCCUUUCGCUCUCUCUCAGCUGCACUCUUAUUUGAGAGGCCUGAUAAGAAGCCGGCUGUUGCUUCCAUACAGCCUAAUGUUGGAGCUGCGGGAUCUAAGAAUGGUUUAGGGGAAUUCCCGUUGGAUCCAUUCUCAGGAAUGGAUCAAGACUUGGUAUUGAUGGAAGACCAAGAAGAAAGUCUUGGAAGAAUACAAUUUUCCCUUCAUUACAACUUCACGGAACAAACACUGAUCUUGAAGAUAAUCCGUGCCCAGGAUCUUCCCGCAAAAGAUCUUAGUGGGACCAGUGAUCCUUUUGUCAAAAUUCUAUUACUUCCAAAUAAAAAGAGUAAGAUGGAAACAAAGGUGAAGAAGAAGAAACUAAAUCCCACAUGGCAUGAGACAUUCCUAUUUGAAGGUUUUCCAUAUAACAAAUUACAAGAACGUAUUCUGCAUCUACAAGUACUGGACUAUGAUAAAUUCAGUAGAAAUGAUGCAAUAGGGGAAGUGAAUAUACCGUUGUGUGAUGUUGAGCUUGCCAAAGAAACAACAUAUUGGAAGUCUCUCUUACCAAGCAAAAAAUCAGCAGGAAAACUGGGUGAUAUUCUAUUUUCAAUCAUGUAUGUACCUUCACAAGGACAACUCACAAUAGUAGUAAUGAAAUGCAGAAACCUUCAAGCAAAAGAUUUUACUGGCAAAUCAGAUCCGUAUGUAAAGAUUUGGCAUAUGUACAAAGGAAAACGUGUCGAGAAAAAGAAAACAACAGUCAAAAAAUGCACCUUGAAUCCCGUCUUCAACGAAGAAUUUGUAUUUGACGUUAACUUGGACAAGAUACGGGAUACAAGCUUUAUCAUAUCUGUACUUGACAGAGAUAGAAUAUCAAAAAACGAUAUCAUAGGAAGCGUGCUGAUAGGACACAAGACAUCUCCGUUGGAAAUGAAACACUGGAACGAGAUGUUUGCUAAAGCACGCCAACCUAUAGCUCAGUGGCACUUGCUUAAGGACAUGUCAUAAUAGAGCUGUAUGCUGCGAUGAUGAAAUGUUAAACAUGAUAUUUAUUGGGGGAAAAAAAACCAGUAAAGUUUGAUUGCAUUAUGAUAUAUUGCAGAGUUUGGAAUAUUAAUAACAAUGAGGAUUGUGCAAUGUCUCCUUAAUGUUGUAGGCCUACUGUAACGAAAAACGGACAAGUAACAUUGAUUUGGUAGUGGACGUAUCAGAUUGGAAUAGCUAGUCUGCAAGCCUAAAAGAAGGAUGCAAUGCCAGUGUAUAUCUAUAGAGAGACACUGAAGAUUAACGAGCAGAGAAUAUGCAGAACAGAUCUUGUGAGUGCGUGACCAAGCAAAUAAUUACAAAGGAUAAUUAACUGCUGUCAGUAAUUGGAUAAUUCAUGUUUAAAAAGAUAUCAAAUAUUCAUUAAAUCAUUAUUUCAACAUUUCAUGUAACUUUAGUGUACUUAGUGCACCCCCCCAAGUCUUUUAUCUUUGGUACCCUUUUGCGUGACCAACCUGUAUCCAAAAUCUUCUGCCUUUGGUGCCCUAGAUUCCAGAGAAAUUCUAAUAUUGGAAUUAAGGAGUUGAAAAUCCAUGCAACUUGAACUCCAUUUCACUACUUUGUGUCUUGUGUAACUUUUACUGUAAUCAAUAAUUGCGUUUUUGUAUGGCAUACGCCUUGAGUUAACUUGUUCUGAUUAAUGAUGUAUUUAUAGUUGGUUUACGAACUUUCAAUUGUGUAUGAGAUGUUGAAUUUUAGAAAUCAUCUUAAAAUCUGCCUAAAAAAUAUUAAAUAUCCACAUUUUUCUUAUGAAGUGUGAAUGGUAAAGAUUGUGUGAGCACAUUGCUCCCAUUAUCUAGUUGUUGACAGUAAUUCCCAUUAGGAGUGUUUUAUGUACAGACUAUCUACACAAGCUUCAUUACGCUUCAAUACUGUAUGCAAUAUUUACAGAGGUUGUGUUUUAAAGUGUGGCAUUCGAUUACCACCUGGCUGUACUACAAUUAUAUACAUAUCAACAGUUAUUAAUGCUUUUUUCUUACAAUUAUUAUUCUUAUUGUCAAGAUUCAAUAAUACUUCAUAUGAAAUAUAUUAUAUUAAUAUAAGAAUAGUAUAGCACACUGUAUACAAUUGUUAAAUAUAUAUAUAUAUAUGUAUAAAUAUAUAUAUAUAUACUACUUGGUUUUUUUUUUGUUUACAUUGAUAUUGCACAUUGGUUUUAAAGGUGCUAUUAAUGUAAUAUCUUUUAUAUAAAUAAUAUACCAUACCCAAAGAGUUUACCGAGAAGAUAAUAUGAGUUUCGCGAAGAGCCUUAUUUAAGUUUGUAUCCACUAUGAAAAUACAUAUUUACAUUUGCUAAAGGACCUAUAUCUAUUGAAAAUAUGAGUAAAUAUGGAAACAAUAAUAUAAUACAUGGUAUUAUUCCUGUCAGUAUUGUCUAUGUGUAAAAUAAACAGUUAAUUUCAGACUUUUUUCUUUUAAAACUUAAAUGACAACCAAAAUUGUUUUUUGCAACAUUUAUGUUUAAGCAAUGUUUAUUCAACAUUUUAUGUUAAUACUGGCUACCAAUAUUUUAAGCUGAUUUUUCACUACAGAAAGUUUUUAUAAAGGUAAAGUAAUCUUGCUUCUUAAUUCAUUCUUAAAUACUGAGAAUUCCGCUGAAAACCCCAACUUGGUUUAAGCAGUGUUUAUCAAAAUUGUAUGUUAAUCCUGGCUACCAAUAUUUUAAGCUGAUUCCUCACUACAGAAAAUUGUGAAUUCUUUUUACAAAGGUAAAUAAAGUAAUCUUGCUUUUUAAUUUAUUAUAAUUAGAAUUCCCCUGAAAACCCAACUUUGUUUUUAACUUAUAUAUUGAUAAAAAAAUAAUAAUAAAAUACAAAUUUGGCAACAUUGUUUUGGACUUAUACUACUGUUGCUUAUUAAAUUGAAGCAUGAAUAUUUAAAUUGUAACCUAAAAAAAUGCUUUACAUUAGAAAAUCAUACAUGCAUGAUCGACAUGUAAAUAUAUCUUAUUUUUUUCUUAGCAAUACAUUCAUCACAUGCAGGGUAAGUUUCAAUUUCAGUUAUAAUAAAAGAUGGUUGUCAUAAAGCGCUUCAGAAGUCCUUUGGGACACAUGUACAAGCAAAAAAUGAUAAUUUGAUGCAAUUUGUUGUUUGCUAGCUACUACUACUACCACUGCUGUUGAGGUAUUGUGAACAUUUUAUAUUGAGGAAAGAUUUUUUUUUUAUUGACAUAUCUCAACAUGAGAUGUGUGUAAUGGAUGGGGUGGGAUGGGGUAGGGUAAGUGGGUAUGAGGUUGUGUGCUUUUUUUCUAUGCCUAUUAAGUGUGCUUUAUUGUGUGAUAUAAACUUUACUUUAUCAAUGGAUAAAUAUUAUUUAAAUAGAAAAGUGAUAUUUCUUUAGAAUAGAAUCAUUCUAAUUCAUAAUAAUGUAUACAUACAAAUUGAAUAUAUGUAGGGAUAUGAUUAAGUUUCUUUGGUAUAAACAAGUUAAGCAUUACAUACAUAAUACACUGCAUACAUUUUCACAUAUUCCAAGUUUUAAAAUACACACCUUACAGAUUAUUCAUUAAACUGUGUUCGCAGAUUACAUAAAACUAUUCUAAACUGUUUGAAUAGAAAUAUAGCUACUAUGGCUAAUAUUAUAUCAUUAAUUACUUGUAAGGUGCAUUUGUUUUAACGUGGAACCUAUUUAUGUACUGUAUAUGAUAUUCUGUAACUGGUUUUGAAAUUUGUCUGAACUAUUCAUCUUUCAUAUCUUACCUUAUUAAUAUUUAAAUUUUAUAAAUACCAUAUAUAGAGAGCCAUCAUCAUUAUCAGAAUAUUAUAGAGGUUCCUUUAGGGAACAGUAAAAUGUGACUGCUCCACCAACCCACAAUGGAAACAUGAUGGCAAUAGAUUGUAACAAUGAAUCCAGCAUGACUUGAUGUGUUGUAUCUGCAUUGAACUAUAACCUUUCUUUUCCUGCAGAUACUAUAUCUGCAUUGACCUAUUCCACAACCUGUUGAAGGUGAUGGUAGCCAAGCCUCUAUGAUGUAUUCUAACCUAAGGCAAAUAAAGUGCAUUUCAUGUUUUGUUUAUAAUCUUA